AUGGCUACAGCCACAAUUGCUUUGCUUAGCACCGAUAAGUUGACUGACGACAAUUACGCUAGUUGUAAACAUAUGAUCACGAUAAUACCAAUCAUCGAGGAUCUCAUGUUUGCCCUUACGGAGGAGCGUUCUCCUAUUCCAGCUCCUAACGCCGCUCGAAAUGUUCGGGAGGCGUACAAGCAUUGGACACGGGCGAAUGAGAAGGCUCGAGCCUAUAUUUUGGCCAGUCUGAGCCACGUGUUUGCCAAGAAGCAUGAGCUCAUAGUCUUAGCGCAUGAGAUCAUGGAGUCCGUACAGGGGAUGUUCGAAUAA